AUGAGCAGGCACAGCCGCCAACGUCGUUCGGGUUGUUGUACCGUGUCCAGAUAUCCAUCAAAGACAGGCCGUAUGUUUCGAAUGAUAUUAUACCAACUCUUCCCGCCUCUGAGAAAGCAUUUACUCUUUGCACGGGAAAAACCUCAGCUAGUUUGCAUCUAUCCCAGGAUUGAUCUAUCUAUCUAUCUAUCUAUCUAUCUAUCUAUCCCAAUAUAUUUUCUAUAUGCCUAUGCAAUCUAUCUAUCUAUCUAUUAUUAUCUAUCCCAAUAUAUAUGCCUAUGCAAAUCUAUCUAUCUAUCUAUCUAUCUAUCAAUAUAUUUUCUAUAUGCCUAUGCAAAUAUAUUUUCUAUGCCUAUGCAAAUCUAUCUAUCUAUCUAUCUAUCUAUCUAUCUAUCUAUAUUUUCUAUCUAUCUAUCUAUCUAUUCAUCUAUCUAUCUAUCCAUCUAUAUAUUUUCUAUCUAUCCCAAUAUGCAAAUCAAAUCUAUCUAUCUAUCUAUCAUUAUUUACAGCUCACAGCAGCUCACAUCUAUUUUUAACUCCCUAAGUCUGUUUAUAUCUAAGGCUAUUCUUGUCACUCUCUUUCUCUCAUUAUCUAUUUGCCUCAUCCUAUUUAUAUCCUUUCUCCGUUAA